AUGCGUGUACUGGUGCGCUCGGGCAUCUUGUCUUCCAGGCCGACAUUGACGCUUGCUGGAUUACAGAGGGUACCACUUGCGCGAUAUCAGUCGACUGCAAGCGACAAUGCACCUGCGACUGCUGCAUUGAGUCCCCGCUGGCUCUCAGACGUUAGAGCGAGGAUUGGAAAAUGUAUCAAUUUUGGGAUGAAUUCUACCCAGAUUGAGGAAGCUGGCUCGAUACUGCAAGAGACGACGACAGGUUGCCACGUCAAUAACGUCAUGUACAAUCGCUAUGCGGAGUCUGCCAGAGUCAACUGGACGCUUAAUUUUGCGGCCAGCGACCCACAGCACAAGGCUGAGUGGAUGGAGCUCAUGACACCCAAGAGCAUAGGCUUGAUUCUGAGAAGCAUCAAGACUGAUUACAAGUUUCCGCGUGGAUGUGGAUCACACGAGUCUUUCCGUAUACGGCAGGAGCGUGGAGAUUCUGCUAACGAGCAACAGCCGAUGAAGUGGCCAGACAGGAUUACAGUGCUCCACAAGCUUAGAGACAACCCCACAGAGAACACGGACCACUUCAUUUUGGAUGUCCUGAUCCUUUCUGAAGCGCAUCGUCGCCCGGCAGCACGCUGCGUAGAGGAUAUAGUAGUGUACGACUACCAGACAGCAAAGAAGUCGUCACUGCCACCGUUUAUGAUUAGCAAGUUCCAGGAAACAUUCAGACUGCAGGAACAGGCAAAAGAGACGAACAGCAACAGGGUCAGGGCGCUGCUCAAUCGGGUUAGGGGGUUGGAGAGAAGUAGCUGGGAUAGAACAGACGCCAAAGAGGACUUUGGUAGCGUGGCCGGUCAAUAA